AUCGAAAGGAUCUACCUCUGUGACUAAGGCAAGGAAGACCAGCACAGAAUCUACUCAGUUGAAAUAUCCUCAUCAAAAUGCACUUGAAAUGAUUAUGCGGACAACAUUGAAAAAUGAGAUUCGUGAAGUAGAAUUUGAAAAGGAGAUUUAUGGUGAAAUAAUUAGCGAAAAAUUAGCAGCUGAAAAUAUUAACGAGAUUCUGACCAAGGAUUGGCUACAAACAACACAAAUUAGUUUAUACAUCAGGUACUUAUAUCAUACUUUUGUGGUGCCGGGCUCAUUGAUAACAAAAUUUUCAUUUAUUAGCCCGCACAACACUAGUACCUACAGUGUUGAGUACCAUUCUCAAAAGAUUACUGAUGCAUUCAAAGUCAAAGGCAAAAGAAACAUGUUAUUUUUAGCUCCUCACAAUCCAGGGCAACAUUGGGUGCUUGUUUGUAUCAAUCCAUUCGUCCCUGUGAUUUAUUAUCUUGAUUCAUUAAGAGAUAGUGACUUUAAGAACUACAAAUCUAUGAGGAUAUUAUUUAAUCAGGCUGUAGCACGUUAUCGAGGAGGUGAAGGUCUCCCUCCAAACACCGAAAGACCUGAUCCUGUUGAGUUUUAUUCUUGGAAAAGAAUAAAGAAUUUUUGAAAAAUUCUGGAACUUCCAAGUUAUAGGGGAGACUCUGCCGGAUUUUCGACAGCAAAUACUUGUAUCAUAUAUAUAACUUCAUCACUGAAGUAUUUUAAAUUAAGUUAGAAUUUAUUUCUACCAUAUAAAUGACAUCUUUUAUUGUUUUAUAGGUACCUACACAAUUACAAGGUUGGGAGUGUGGAUACUAUGUUAUGAAGUUUAUGAGAGAAGUAAUCACACAACAAGAGUUGAUCAUUCCUGAAAAUUAUUUUGUUGGAGCAAGAUAUUCGCAUUUUACUAUGGAGCAAAUAGAAGAUUUAGUUGAAGAAUGGUCAGAAUAUAUUAUUGGCUGUUUGUGAUAGGAAGUUAGAUUUCAAUAUUAAAAAAAUAACAAUAGUUUCAUUUGUUAGGCUUGUUAGA